UUGCUGGUGUGUUUAAGCAAUGAAAUACGAGGGCGUACGUCGGCGAACCGAAAGGAAACUCAUCAGCAAAGAGUGUUGAACGUUAGGGCGCUUGCCGUUGACUUCAGUUUCGGUUGCCAAAAGGAUUUAACUGCCCCUCCGUUCUGAUCUGUGGCUGCGCAGCGUCAACAGUGAAAUACACGACUGGGAAAAUGACAAUUAAAGAGGAAAAUUGCUUUUGUAAAAGCUAAAGAAGUGUGUUUUGGGGGACACGAAUCUGUAAUGCUUCCAAGUGUUUGUUUUGUAGCUUUUUUGGUUCUGGUAGUGGGGAACACCUAGUUCCAACCGGAGGGACGCCUCUUGACAUUGUCUGCUGCGUGGACUGUGCUUUGUUUCUGCCGCACAAAUGGCAACAGCUCUCAGAGAAAGAAACCCGGGAGGUCGCGGACCUAACCCGAGGAAAGGCCGGAUUUUAGGGAUCAUUGAUGCAAUCCAGGAUGCAGUCGGACCACCGAAACAAGCUGUCGCUGACCGCAGAACGGUGGAAAAAACGUGGAAGCUCAUGGAUAAAGUGGUGAGGCUAUGUCAGAAUCCCAGGUUACACCUGAAGAACAGCCCGCCCUACAUCCUGGAUAUUUUACCCGACACCUAUCAGCACCUGCGGCUCGUGCUCUGCAAGUACGAGGAGACUCAGAAGCUGGCGCAGCUCAGCGAAAACGAGUACUUCAAAAUAUACAUCGACAGCCUGAUGAAGAAAUCCAAGCGGGCCAUUCGGCUUUUCAAAGAGGGCAAGGAACGGAUGUACGAGGAGCAUUCACAAGACCGGCGGAACCUGACCAAGCUCUCACUCAUCUUCAGCCACAUGCUGGCGGAGAUCAAGGUCAUCUUCCCCGGAGGGCAGUUCCACGGCGACGGGUUCCGCAUCACCAAAGCGGACGCGGCGGAGUUCUGGAGGAGGUUUUUCGACGAAAGGACCAUCGUCUCGUGGAAGGUGUUCCGGCAGUGCCUUAACGAAGUGCAUCCCAUCACCUCCGGCCUGGAGGCCAUGGCUCUGAAGUCCACCAUCGACCUCACCUGCAACGACUACAUCUCCGUCUUCGAGUUCGACAUCUUCACCCGGCUCUUCCAGCCCUGGGGCUCUAUCCUGAGAAACUGGAAUUUCCUGGCAGUGACUCACCCCGGCUACAUGGCGUUCCUGACAUACGACGAGGUGAAGGCGCGACUGCAGAAGUACCUCAACAAGCCGGGCAGCUACAUCUUCAGGCUGAGCUGCACGCGGUUGGGCCAGUGGGCCAUCGGCUACGUCACCAACGACAGCAACAUCCUGCAGACGAUCCCGCCCAACAAACCGCUGUUCCAGGCCCUCAUCGACGGCUGCAGAGAAGGCUUCUACCUGUACCCUGACGGACGCAGUUACAACCCAGACCUCACCGGCCUGUGUGAACCCACGCCUUACGACCACAUCAAAGUCACGCAGGAGCAGUAUGAGUUGUACUGUGAAAUGGGCUCCACGUUUCAGCUGUGUAAGAUCUGCGCAGAGAACGACAAGGACGUGAAGAUUGAGCCAUGCGGUCACCUGAUGUGCACUUCCUGUCUGACGGCCUGGCAGGAGUCUGACGGGCAGGGCUGCCCUUUCUGCCGCUGUGAGAUCAAGGGCACGGAGCCCAUCAUCGUGGACCCGUUCGACCCCCUGGACCCGCGCGACCGCAGCAGGUGCAUCUUCCUGGACCACUUCAUGUCCCCCAUGCUGGACCUGGACGACGACGACGACCGCGACGACUCGCUGGUCAUGAACGGUCUGGCGUGCAUCAGGAAGUGUACAGACCGGCAGAAUUCCCCCGGGAUGUCUCCGACCUCGUCCCCGGUCUCCCAGCGGAAGAAGUCCCCCCUGGACCCCUCCAGCAUCCAGCACCUCACCCUGCCCCCCGUCCCGCCCCGCCUCGACCUCAUCCAGAAGAUCGCCGGCCGUUCCCCCGGGGCCAGCCCCACGGGCUCCCCCAAGUCCUCCCCCGGGAUGUCGAGGAGGCAGGACAAACCUCUCCCGGCUCCGCCCCCCCCGCAGAGGGACCCGCCUCCCCCCCCGCCCCCGGACAGGCCGCCGCCCUUCCCCCCCGACGGGCGCGGCCCCCGGCCGGCCCACCCCGCCGACGAGGCCCGGAGCGCGGCCGAGGGCCCGCAGCCCGACGGGAGGCCCGGGGCGGAGCGCUCCCCCAAACCCAGGACCGGAGAGCGGGCCGAGGGGGGCGCCCGACGCCGCCCGCGCACGGAGCCCGCCGAGGGGGCCGCCAAGCCCCUGGUCAACGGCCGUCUCCCCGGGGGCGAGUACGAUGUCCUGCCCCCCCGACAGCCGUCCCCCCCGCCCCUGCCUCCUCCCGCCUCCGCCCUCAGCCAGAGGCUCCAUGGCUCUUUGGCUGAGGGGGAGAGGGGUCACCGGGGCGGGGCGGAUCGGGGGGAAGACGAGUAUCAGGUGCCCUCCUCCCACCCUGCAACAGCUAACAACUCCCAUCAGCCCCUGCCCUGCGUCUCAGCACAAUCCACGCCCAGCAGGGAGCGCCUGGGGAACGGGCACUGUGUACACAUGUCACCUGAGCGCCCAGCCGACAGGAAGAAACACAAGGCCUUCGAGCACGAGGACCUGUUCGGCACGCUGCCCCGGCACGAGCCCGCGCCCCCGCCGCCCCCCUCACGCCACAGCUUCGUGGAGGUGUCGUCGUCCUCGCCCGCGUCCUGCACACGAGCCCGUCGCCCCGCGUCCGGCCACGACCCCGUCCCGUUCAGCCCAGAGUUCUUUGACUUGCUGAGUGGGGCGGGGGCCCCAGCAGCUGUCUGGAGGCAGGAGGGGGACAGCAGCAAGUCUGCAGCACGAGUGUCCCAGGAGUACAACCACCUGCCCCCUACUGCAGUCCUGGCAGACGGGCUUCAGGCCCCGGCCCGGCCUCCCAAACCCCCGCCCCGGAACACCCCUCCGGAGGUCCACCACAGACGGCACCACGGCAAGACGCCGUCGGGCCACAGCGCCGAUGCCAAAAUCGCCAAGCUGAUGGGCGAGGGCUACUCCUUCGAGGACGUGAAGCGGGCGCUGAUGAUCGCGCAGAACAAGGUGGACGUGGCCCGGAACAUUCUGCGGGAGUUCGCCCUGGUGGCGCCCCGGCUCAACCUGUAGCCUUAACGCGGCGGGGGGGUCGAGACGCACGGACGAGGGCGCGGACGGACGGACGGACGGAGAGUUUCGCCCUGUAACGACGGGCUUUCGCCGUCGAGCUGAAAAAAAGAGAGAAAAAAAAGAAAAGUUUACCUGUCGAACUCAAAACCUGUGAAAAAUGUUGUUUACA